CUCCCUCCAUUGCUUCAAUCAACUCAACCAAUGAAUCAAUCUCCACACACACACACAACAUGAAGAAACUUCCUUUCUUUCUUCUUCUCAUUUUGCUACUUGUAAUUAAUUCUGUUGACUCCCAAACUCCAGCACUCUGGAGGUAUGUGCUCCAAUGGCCACCGACUUACUGUAUGGAACUGAAUUCUGGGCAAGGAACAACAUGGGGCAGGUGCCAAGAACCAAUUCCUCAACGUGAAUUCACACUCCAUGGCCUUUGGCCAGCAGAUGCAGACGGAAAAAUCAUCACAUGCCCCGACAAACCAGAUCCAAAUUGGAAUCAACUGUUUCGACCAAUUGAAGAUAAACUUGUAAAAUUCUGGCCACAACUUAGAGAAAACUCGAACAGUAGGGACUUAUGGAAGCACGAGUGGAGAUCUCAUGGAGUGUGUGGGGGAAUAACACCACAAGUAUACUUCAACAGAGCAAUAGGGAUCAACAACAUGUUUGAAAAGGGCAACUUGUUCAAUUACUUGGCAACAAGUGGGAUUAUUGCAUGUGAUAGCUUGGCUUUUAGUAGAACAGAAAUUAUUGAUGCUGUCCGUAAGGUGUUUGUCGAAAGCCCUCCUCCUUCUCCUCCUCCUGCCCUUGAUGUUUACCUCACAUGUAUUCCAAUUAAUGAUAAAAAAAAAAGUCAUUUUUACUUGAGAGAGGUUACCUUGUGCAUUAAUCUGGCUGGCACUGCAUUCAUUUCAUGUCCUAAAAAAGGUGCUCCGAGUAGUCAAGAAUUCAGCUGUUCUGGUGGAGCUAAGAUUAUGCUACCUCAUCCAAAAGCUCAACCGUCGGCUCCACCACCACCGAGGCUAUAUCAGGAAAAUAUAGACGGGACAGAUCCUACGUUUGAACAAUCAUGGGCUGAAUAUAUAUUCAACGGCUGAGAUUAAUGUUUGGCUUAGAAUAAAUAAAAAAAGAGAAUGGAAUAUUUUGUAGUGGAUGAUGUAUAAGCAUAAUGCGCCCUCAUAGAGUGAAAAUAAGUUACUACCUUGAAUAAAAGUUCUAUUCUAUUCUCUCUUUAA